GCGAUCCAUGAACGAGAUCGUCUGCGUGUCGGCCCCGUCAGCCCACGGCCUGGGGGCUGUUCACGUCUCCGUCAGCGUCGACCGGGCUCAGCUGGAGCGGACCUUGCUGUUCGAGUACAUCGACGAUCCCAAGGUGCAGCACAUCGAGCCCGAGUGGAGCAUCGCCAGCGGCCACACGCCUCUGACCGUCACCGGCUCCAACCUGGAUGUGAUCCAGGAGCCCAGGAUCCGCGUCAAGUACAAUGGCAAGGAGUUUGUCAACGUCUGCAAGGUGGUGAAUGCCACGGCGCUGGCCUGCCUCGCGCCCCCCCUCACCACCGAGUACCGGCCCGGCCUGGACGCCGUGGAGCGGCCGGAUGAGUUUGGGUUCAUCUUUAACAACGUGCAGUCGCUGCUGGUCUACAACGACACCAAGUUCAUUUAUUACCCCAACCCAACAUUUGAACUCCUGAGCCCGACCGGGGUGCUGGAGCAGAAACCGGGGUCACCCAUCAUCCUGAAGGGCAGAAACCUGUGCCCGCCCGCUCCUGGAGGAGCCAAGCUCAACUACACCGUGCUGAUCGGAGAGACACCCUGCGCUGUCACCGUCUCCGAGACCCAGCUGCUGUGCGAGCCACCAAACCUCACCGGCCAGCACAAAGUGAUGGUGCGUGUCGGUGGUAUCAUCUUCUACCCCGGCUCGGUGAGCAUCAUCUCCGACAGCCUCCUGACCCUGCCCGCCAUCGUCAGCAUCGCGGCCGGGGGCAGCCUGCUCCUCAUCAUCGUCAUCAUCGUCCUCAUCGCCUACAAGCGCAAAUCUCGAGAGAACGACCUGACCCUCAAGAGGCUGCAGAUGCAGAUGGACAACCUGGAGUCCCGGGUGGCCCUGGAGUGCAAGGAGGCAUUUGCAGAGCUGCAGACAGACAUCAAUGAAUUAACCAGCGACCUGGAUCGCUCCGGGAUCCCGUACCUCGACUAUCGGACAUACGCCAUGAGGGUCCUUUUCCCCGGCAUCGAGGACCACCCUGUCCUGCGGGAGCUGGAGGUCCAAGGGAACGGGCAGCAGAGCGUGGAGAAGGCCUUGAAGCUCUUUGCUCAGCUGAUCAACAACAAAGUCUUCCUCACGCUGGAGCUGCAGCGCAGCUUCUCCAUGCGCGACCGCGGCAACAUGGCCUCGCUCAUCAUGACGGGGCUGCAGGGCAAGCUGGAGUACGCCACCGACGUGCUGAAGCACCUGCUCUCGGACCUCAUCGAGAAGAACCUGGAAAACAAGAACCACCCCAAGCUGCUCCUGCGCAGGACCGAGUCGGUGGCUGAGAAGAUGCUGACGAAUUGGUUUGCCUUCCUCCUGCACAAGUUCCUCAAGGAAUGCGCUGGAGAGCCGCUCUUCAUGCUCUACUGUGCCAUCAAGCAGCAGAUGGAGAAAGGUCCCAUCGAUGCCAUCACGGGAGAAGCCCGUUACUCCCUCAGUGAGGACAAGCUGAUCCGGCAGCAGAUCGAGUACAAGACCCUGAUCCUAAACUGUGUGAACCCGGAUAACGAGAACAGCCCAGAGAUCCCUGUGAAGGUGCUGAACUGUGAUACCAUCACCCAAGUCAAAGAGAAGAUCCUCGAUGCAGUGUACAAAAACGUCCCGUAUUCUCAAAGACCCAGAGCUGUGGACAUGGACUUGGAGUGGCGGCAGGGCCGGAUAGCUCGGGUGGUCCUGCAGGAUGAAGACAUCACCACCAAGAUCGAAGGAGAUUGGAAGCGUUUGAACACCUUGAUGCAUUAUCAGGUCUCGGACCGCUCCGUUGUGGCUCUGGUGCCCAAGCAGACCUCCUCCUACAACAUCCCUGCCUCUGCCAGUAUAUCCCGGACGUCUAUCAGCAGAUACGACUCCACGUUCCGCUACACCGGCAGCCCCGACAGCCUGCGCUCCCGGGCCCCCAUGAUCACCCCCGACCUGGAGAGCGGCGUCAAGGUCUGGCACUUGGUCAAAAACCACGAUCACGGAGACCAGAAGGAAGGAGACCGGGGCAGCAAGAUGGUGUCUGAGAUCUACCUGACCAGGCUGCUAGCUACAAAGGGCACGCUGCAGAAAUUCGUGGACGACUUGUUUGAGACACUGUUCAGCACCGUGCACCGCGGCAGCGCGCUCCCGCUGGCCAUCAAGUACAUGUUCGAUUUCUUGGAUGAGCAGGCGGAUAAGCACGGCAUCCACGACACGGACGUGAGGCACACGUGGAAGAGCAAUUGCCUCCCUCUGCGAUUCUGGGUGAACGUCAUCAAAAACCCCCAGUUCGUGUUCGAUAUCCACAAGGGUAGCAUCACGGACGCCUGCCUCUCGGUUGUGGCUCAGACCUUCAUGGAUUCCUGCUCCACCUCAGAGCAUCGCCUGGGCAAGGAUUCCCCCUCCAACAAGCUGCUGUACGCCAAGGACAUCCCCAGCUACAAGAGCUGGGUGGAGAGGUAUUACGCCGACAUCGCCAAGCUCCCCGCCAUCAGCGACCAGGACAUGAACGCCUACCUCGCGGAGCAGUCGCGCCUGCACUCCGCCGAGUUCAACAUGCUCAGCGCGCUCAACGAGAUCUACUCCUACGUCAGCAAGUACAGCGAAGAGCUCAUUGGGGCUCUGGAGCAGGAUGAGCAGGCGCGUAGGCAGCGGCUGGCGUACAAAGUAGAGCAACUCAUUGGUGCCAUGUCUUUCGAGAGCUGAAGAAAGGCGGCGGUGCUCACGGACGGCAAAGGGCAGAGGAUCGCAUGGACUCUCGGGAAUUCAGAGGGAGAACAAGCAGGAAAGGUGCUGGACACAUCGAAAUACCAAGGCUCUUCUGGAGGGAGCAGAGACUGGCCCCAGGACUGACUGUGCUCAACACCAUCUAGGAUCUGGUCUGAAAAGGCAGGAAGAGUAAAAGACAAAGCAUCUCAAUCCAAGUCAAAUCAAGAGGGAUCAUUUUUUCAAGCAUACAUGGAAAGAAGGAACCUGGAAAGUCUGGAUGUCUACAUGACUGCUGCUUUGCAUGAAAAUUGUUUGAUGUAUAUUAG